GGAUAGAGUACGUUCAGAAACAUAAUUUUUUCUGUAGUGUCAUGUUAAGUUAUGAUUUUUUCGUCAAACAAAUGCAUGUUUACAAAAAUUGGUAGAACUCUUGGUCAUCAAGCACAUGUAGUUUCAUAACGAGGUUCCACAACGAGCGAUUUUGUUAACGUUUUUUUGGAAGGGUGCAAAGUUUGAGAUAAAAUAGCCAUCCAUGGAAAAGCAGAGCGAAAGAAGAUCACCUCAUUGUAGUCCGGCUGUCAAGUCGCAAAAUCUGUGAAUGUUUCCCAGCUGCUGCAGGCCGUCUAGAUGCUGUCAGGGAUAUUGGUGAACCAGUCUUUCAAACGAGUUUUGGAUUUCAAUGUGAGCAGAUGACUUUUUUGUUUUCCCACAUAAAAUUGUACACCUGUACCCAAUCGCUAUCUGACUGUUGUCAACAGGAUCUGUUCUGAUAUUUUAAUGGAGGAAUUUUGUUAUAAUUGCACUUAUCAGAAAGCAAAGUGGUAAAAUGGAGAAGAUUGAAAAACUUUGUUUUAAAUAAAAAAUUGAAAAAUAUUGGAUUUUAGCAGACUGAAAAAAGAACUGUUGUUGACCCAGCUGGCAGUCUUAAGUCAAGAUAAGUCAAGAGAAAGUUCUCCUGAGUGUUUGUUGAGAAACUAAACACUGCUCAAACUGGAUCACAGGCACACAUGGGUCUAGUAUUGUAUAUUCCACCUGAAUGAAAUAUCAACUAGCUUUUUCUGGGAGAUCAAGCAGAAUUUCGCAGUGAUUUUAGUGAAGCCAGAUGCGCCUGAAUGUAUACAGAACUCUUGAACGUCAGGCCUUGGAUUACCAAAUUCACCUCACAUGAGGAAGCUGCGACUGGAAACUCCUUUGAGAAAAAAAUCUUCCAUAGGUGAAAAAAAAAGAGAGUGAUUUAUUUAAACCAGUCCAUUCAUAGUUUUCUGUCUGCAGUGAAAAGUGUGUGAUGGAUUUAAAUAAAUGAAAAGCUGUAUAAUUGGCUUAUUGGAGAAUUUAUCAGAUUUCCUGUUUUUGCUCUCUAGUAAUAAUUCCAUCAGUGUUAUGUAAAUGAAUUUUAUUAAUAAGACUUGGUAAGAAUAGGUUAUGAAUAUUUUAUGACAUCUGUGUUAUUAUAAUAAUCAUCAGUUAGCCUUGACAAGCUUGGUGAAAGUAAAUACUGACUAUGCUGCUAUUGGAAAUAUUUUCUGUGGAUGUAUGGAUAAAACAAGGGAAAUUGGAAUAAGCUCUUUUCCUUUUUGCAUUAGGGCAGUUAAGUCAAGAGGAAUUAGGAAUUGGUGGACAAAUUAAAUUACUUACAGCAGCCACAGUAUGGAAUUGGAUGCAGGAAAAUAGCAAAAGGAAGUUUCGGAAUUGAAUAUAUUUUGUUAUGGUGAAGAAUGGAUUUUUGCAUACAUAUAGGUCAGAUUUUGUAAGACGUCGUUGAUGGAAAUGUGAUUUUGUAUAAGCUAUCAGUCAAUGGAUACGUAGAGGCAAGCAAAUGGGAUAUAUUCAUAUGCAAAUGUGUCCGUAUGAAAUGGAAUUAGUGUCCAACAUUUAUCUCGAUUUAUUGGAGAAAUAAGAAAAUGUGGUGUCAUCUCGUAUAUUCUUAUAAUGUUAUUCACAUCCUAGUGUUUUUUGCACUAGCUUCUAUAUGUGGCAGUGUUAUAACACAAGGGAUUUUUCCUCACCAGAGAAAGAUUUAUACCAAUGGUGUUAUAAAUGACAGGAUGUUAGGUUCUGGGGUGAUGGCACAAAGAUUUGAGCUGAACAACAUGGUCGUUACUGAAUGGGGGCGGAUAUUUGUGGGGGCAGUUAACAGAAUCUAUGAGCUCGAUUCAGAUCUUACUGUUCUUAGUGAGGCAGAAACUGGCCCUGUAAAUGAUAGCCUGAAAUGUCUUCCCGAUCCAAAAAUACCCUGUAACAGCCCAACAUCUCUUACAGAUAAUUAUAACAAAAUUUUGAUACAUUACAAAGGCUUGAAGGAGAAGCUGCUCACAUGUGGUAGUGUAUAUCAGGGUGCAUGUGAAGCGAGAAAUCUGAAGAACAUCUCCCGAGCACAAUCAUACUAUGAAUCAGAGACUGGUUCAAUUUUAGAUUUUGCUGUAGCUGCAAAUGAUGCCCGGGCUACGACAAUCGCGUUUGUCGCUCCAGGGCCCCCGGACCUUGACUCCGAGGUUUUGUACGUUGGGGCCACAUACACGGGUGGGAAAGUUGAUGUCUACACGGAGCAGCUACGGGGGGUGGUUCCUUCCAUCAGCUCUCGUAGUCUUGGCCGGAAUAGGUUUCAGCUUAAUGCAAAAUUUGACAAUAUACAGGCCAUGUAUUCCGCAAUCUAUAUCAGGAAAGAUGUACGGUCAAAAUUCUUGAUAGAUUAUGUGACAGGAUUCAGUUCUGGAAUAUAUAGUUAUUUUUUGACAAGACAGUAUGCGUCUGUGCAGUCCACCGAUAAGACUUCUCCUGUUGUGUCUAAGGUUAUUCAAAUAUGCCAAAAAGAUCUGUAUUAUAACUCUUACAUUGACAUGCCACUGGUUUGUCAAUCUGAAAAUUCGGGGAAAGUUUAUAGUUAUCUGCAGGCAGCAAAGAUAACGAAAGCUUCCAAAAACCUGCAGCUCAGUUUUGGAUUACGUUCAGCGGAUGACAUUUUGAUAGCGUUGUUUUCUGAUAACGAAGGAGACCACGAGUCAAACUCUGCCAUUUGCGUAUACACGAUGCAGUACAUCCGUAGACAACUCCUGGAGAACGCUCAGAAAUGCUUCAACGGGGAGGAUCUGAGUGGCGGUGGUUACCUGACCAAGAAGAGAUGUCAGCAACUGGGCCCAUUCUAUCGUGAAGAGGAAUAUUUAUGCAACAAAGACCUGGAAUCCAUUGGCAAUAUUGUGGGCAUAGAGGUUGCUACUAGCAACCCUAUUCUGGAAUACAAGGGCACAUGGUUGACUUCAAUCGCCGUGACAACCACAUGGGACCAAACAGUCUGCAUUGUUGGUACUGGUGAUGGAUACAUCAAAAAGAUUGUUCUCGAGACUCACGAGCGUGCACGAGAAUAUGAGCAGGUGGCCGUGGAUCUGGGAUCCCCCAUCAACCAAAACAUCCAGAUAUAUGAGAACUCCAUCUACGUCAUGAGCAAACAAAAGAUUGCCCGUCUGUUGCUAAGCAACUGUGACUCCAGGAUGUCAUGCAGCAGUUGCCUGGAGGAUGGAGACCCUUUCUGUGGUUGGUGUGUCCUUGACAACAGAUGCACUCAGAAUUCCCAAUGCGCGGACUCGCUGUCAGACCGAUGGCUGUUUGGACCGCCUGGACAGACAUGUGUGGCCAUCACCAACGUGUCGCCAAGGACCAUUGCUGUGACUGAGAGACCCACGCUGUAUCUGACCAUAUACCAGCUACCAGAUGGCAGCGACUACACAUGUGUGUUCCCGGAACUGAAUGCCACAUCCCGGGCUGAGUACUGGGCGUAUGGUGUAUACUGUCUGGCACCAGAUAUCCUGCAGUCGGGAAUUCGUGUUACAGGCAGCCAGGAUCUGACAAUAGCUCUGAACUCCAGCGAGACUGGAAAGUUGUUUCUUGCUCAGAACUUCACCUACUUCAACUGCAGCAGCUUUCAAUCGUGUAGUCAAUGCACCAACAACACAUGGUCAUGUGACUGGUGUCUCUAUGACAACAAGUGCGUCCAUGACUCCCUCAGUGUGUGUCAACCCGGCGCAGUGCUCAGCCUAUCGUAUAGGGGAAUUGAGAGUCAGCAGCACAUAUCGUCCAGUACGGGUAUGAAGGGACCUCAGUUCUGUCCCGGGAUUGAUGCAGAUAAGACUGGAAAGAUCUACAUACCAGAAGGGGUUGAAAAAGACAUUGUCAUUUGGGGCUACAGUUUCCCCCAGCCCCGCAAUCUCCAGUACACGUGCCACGUGAUGGUGGGGGACAUCGAGUACACGAGUCGGGCCAACAGGAGCUCCGAUGGAAACAUUACAUGUCAUCUCAACAGCAUGAUGGUUCCCUCCCACUACACAGAGGGGAUGUAUGAGGCCCAACUUCACAUUUACUGGGGGAACCUUUACAGAGUGGAGGAUAAAAAGGGGCUCUAUGUGACUAUCUACCGCUGUGAUGUUCUGGCUAGGGGCGAGUGUGGACUGUGCCACAAUGUGAACCACACGCUGCCACAGCUGCAGUGUUACUGGUGUGACUCCGGAUGCAAGUACCAGUCUCACUGUCACAAACUGCACGCCGAGCCCUGUCCUGCACCCCAGAUACAGAUAGUUACGCCUCUGUCGGGACCAAUUGGUGGAGGGACGUACGUCAACAUUUCGGGCAAAGACCUCGGUUCCAAGUUUGAGGAGAUUCAAAACGCCAUCAGUAUAGCCGGGAUUCGGUGCGCCCCAUUGCGGGACCGGUACCAGCCCAGUCAGUGGAUUGUGUGUCGGCUGGGUCCCAGCCUGUCUGAAAGGUCAGGGGUCGUCACUGUGGCCCUCCCCGACAGACUGGCGGUUACAUUCCACCAGAAAUUUUCAUACCAAGACCCCACCAUAACAAGGAUCAACCCCACAGCUGGGCCAAUCUCCGGCGGGUCAACUAUCACCAUAUCUGGGGAGAAUCUGAACACGGGGCGGGAUAUCACAGCUUCCAUCGGGAAAGUCGAGUGCAUGAUUAUCAGAGACAUGGUCACAAGCAAUAUGGCGUUCUGCGAGACAAAGCCAACCAAUCAGAGCACUGAGCCCCCACAGCCGUUUCGCAUGUUUUUUGAUGGUUAUGAGGAGAAGAAUCUCAAUGUGAACUUCGAGUACCUCCCAGAUCCAGUCAUCUUGAACAUAGAGCCGUUGCAGAGCUACUACAGUGGCGGCCGGAGAAUCACUGUACAUGGGACCAAUCUGCAUGCUGUACAACAGCCCCAGAUGUUCGCAACUUUCACAGACUCAGACAACAAUGUGCGAAUGACUGAAAAACAGGUGUGCACAGCAAUUGGUCCAACAGAAAUGCUUUGUCCGUCGCCCAGAAUUUCCCGAGUGCAUCUUGGUCUUCUAAACUACCGCAUUCAGAGACACUCAAGGCAACGGCCCACUCGAGAUGUGGUGCCCAUGGACGUUCAGCUUGGUUUUGUGAUGGACAACGUUAUGUCAGUUCGCAAUCUCUCCGGCAGUGGUGUUCAAUCUCAGAUGACCUACUAUCCUGAUCCGAUAAUGCACAACUUUUCUGAGCCAAAUUCUGUGAAGAAGUUUAAGGGAGAAGUUCUUAUUUUUGAAGCUAAAGGUCUGUCUCUUGCGGCCACCAAGAAAGAUGUUGAGGUGUACAUAGGCACCCAGACAUGCAAUGUCACAAACCUGUCUGACACCCAGAUAUUUUGUACCCCACCAACCUCUCAGCCCCAGGGAAAGGACGAGCGAGGAAAUAAGGACUCCUCCUACCCUGUUGUCACGGUGAAAGUCGGGAAUCUAGAAUUCCGAGUUGGGCGUCUGGAGUACGAGCAGAUGGCAGUUCUAGCCUUCCCAUCGGAGUACAUCAUGGGCAUAGCGGCGGGCGGAGGGUUCAUGCUCCUCAUGAUCCUGCUCAUACUUAUCCUGUGUCGGCGCAUGAACCACAAGGCAGAGCGCAACUAUCGCAAGAUGCAACUGCUACUGGAUAACCUGGAGAGUAACGUGCGCAAUGAGUGCAAGCAGGCAUUUGCCGAGCUGCAGACAGACAUCACAGAUCUGACAACAGUUCUGGAGGGAGGGGGAAUCCCAUUUUGGGACUACCACACGUACACAUUCAAGGUUCUCUUCCCUGGUCUUUCUGACCAUGUCAUUCUCCACCCACCAGUCAUUGAGCAGCAAAAGACAGGAAGUGUGGGUUUCACGGAGCAUGGUCUCCAGCAUUUCUACCACCUGCUGGGACACAGACACUUCCUGUUGACCCUCAUACGUACGUUGGAGGAGCAGAAGACAUUUGGCAUCAGAGACAAAGUAAAUGUGGCGUCAUUAUUGAUGGUGAUAUACCAAGACAAUUUAGAAUAUGCAACUGAAAUUUUGAAGGCCUUAUUAAAUGAGCUGGUAGAGAAGUCAGUGUUGGGCAAGCAUCCCAAGCUCAUGUUGCGACGGACAGAGUCUGUAGUGGAGAAGAUGCUAACCAACUGGUUGUCCCUCUGCAUGUACAAAUACUUGCGGGACACAGCUGGUUCGAGCCUGUACGUUCUCUAUCGCGCUAUGAAGCUGCACGUGGAGAAAGGGCCCGUGGACUGCAUGACAGGUGACGCCCGCUACACGCUGUCCGAGGACAAGUUACUGCGGGACAAAGUGGAUGCAAAGCCACUGAACCUGAAUGUGUUCUACGAGGGAGAAGUGACCCAGUGCAAGGUUCUCAACUGUGAUACGAUAACGCAGGCAAAGGAGAAAAUCAUUGACCAGCUCUACAAAAACAUUCCAUUUUCAAAUAGACCCUGGGCAUGUGAUCUUGACCUAGAGUGGAAGAAGGGCAGCAUCCCGGUGACCCUGCAGGAUGAGGACAGCUCCACGAUGAAGUGGGAGGGCUGGAAGAAGAUCAACACGUUGCAGCAUUACCGCGUCUUUGAUGGCUCUGAGUGUGCCCUCAUCCGCCGUUACCAGACCAUCAAGUCACCUAAUGGCUCCCUUGAUACGUCCGUCGUGUCUGUGAACUCAUCCAUGGCAAUCCUGCGCUCAGAAAGUGAUAAUGGAAUCAAGUUCUUCCAUUUGGUGAAGCAUGAUGAGCUACAGACUAAAGAAGGUGGAGUAAAAAUGGUGCCUGAGGUGUUCCUUCCCCGCCUCCUAGCAACCAAGGGAACGCUACAGAAGUUCAUGGAUGACUUCUUCCAAACCAUCUUGUCAGUGAACCAGUCUAUGCCGCCUGUGAUCAAGUACCUGUUUGACUACCUGGACAGUGCUGCACACACAUACGGCAUACACGACCCUGACAUUGUACACACGUGGAAGUGCAAUAGUUUGCCCCUACGUUUCUGGGUGAACAUAAUCAAGAAUCCAGACUUUGUGUUUGAUAUUCACAAGCCUGUGAUCGUGGACUCGUGUUUGUCUGUCGUCGCUCAAACAUUUAUGGACAGCUGCUCAACAUCAGAACACAGGCUUGGCAAGGACUCUCCAUCCAACAAGCUUCUGUUUGCCAAAGAUAUUCCAAACUAUCGUAAGAUGGUUGACCGUUUUUUCCGAGAAAUACGGGAUAUGCCUGCUGUUUCGGACAAAGAGAUGGGGACCUAUUUGACUGGUGUGUCCAGAGUGUGUCAUGAUAACUACUUCAUACAAAACAAUGAAGACAAAAGUCAACCAUGUGACACUACAACCAGUAUCUUGGCUUAUCCAGGCAAGGUGUACAAGUCAAGUGCUUUAAAGGAACUCUACACAUAUGUCCAUAAUUACAGCUCACAGCUGAUGGAAGUGCUGGAUGCAGAUCCAGUUGGUUCCCGUCAGCAGUUGGCCGCCAAGCUUGGCACCGUGAUCACCGCAAUGGAGGGGCCCCUGGUGGGCAGACAGGCCUAUGUGUGAUGUAACCGUUUGGGAUGUAGCCGUUAGUUGUGUAGCCAUGUGUCAUGUAGCUAUGUGGGAUGUAGCCACUUCUCGUGUGGGCACGUCUAAUGAUACCAUGUUGGAUGGAACAACAUGGUAUGGUGCCAUUGGUGGUUUACCCAUGUAGCGUGUUACCUUGUGUACUGGAACAUUUUACAUUGUAGCCAUGUGUAAUACAGGAACAUGACCUGUUGCCACACAUUGGUGUGUGCAAUGUUUAAGUGAAUGCUUGUACAUUAUAUGACAUGUGGUGGACCAGCUUGUAGUCAUAAAAGAUAACAUUUCCGGUAUAUUUAUUUUGAACAGAGGAUGACAAUAACGACUAUGCUUUCAAAAUCUUUCAAACUGAUGAUCUAUACAUAUGGUAGAUGUGUGAUGUAACAAUGUUCAUGUACCUUGAUAUUAUCCCUUGUGUUCAAACAAUGACACAUGGUGAAAACAGCUAUCAAAUAGAAUGAUAAAUUUAACUCACAAUAGAAAGGUCACGAGUGAUCAAGCAGCUGACAGCAGCCUAGUCGAACUUUUAAAGAACUAUAUGUAAACAUGCAGGACUUAUUUAUAUAAAUUGCUGUGUAUACAAUCACUUUACGAGUUUCCUCCUAGUGGUACCCUGGUCUGUCAAGAUUUUGUUAAAGAAUGAUUGUUGUUCAUUGAUCAAUUCCAUGAAUAACACUGAAAGCUGGUCUUUCAAAAAAAACGUUUAUGCUAAAUAUGACCAAAGUGUUUGUACUGUCUGCUUGUCAUAAAACCAUGCCUCAAAAUGUGGGAUUUUUUUUAAAUUCCUGACCAUCCAAAUGUUGAGUAUUGAAUACAUUGAGGGGUGAUUUUGUUUGGUAAUCAAAAACAUGUUCUACCAAUAUAUAAUAUAAUGGUCAUCACCAUUGUUAAUGAGUGUUGCAAACAUUUUCACUUUCAAAACAUAUAUUUAUGCUAUAUGAAUUUGUUAUCAGUGUUUGGGAUUCAUGUAUUUCAAUUACUGAUCAAAACAGCUACUAAUAUUUCAUAAUUUGAUAAUUUUAAUAAUUUUAUAAUAAUUAUUUUAUAAUAAUAAUUAUAAUAAUAUAAUAAUAAUAUAAUAAUUCAUAAUUUUAAGUACAUAGAUAUUCAGUGUUAAAUUGCUUACCUUAAUAGGGAAGUACAAUGAUAUAGAUCAAUGCAAAACGCAGAACCUGUAUACAAUCGAUGUUUAUGUAUGCAUUUUUAUUAAAGAUUUUUUCCACAAACAUAGUCUGAUAGAUUUGUGAUUACCAAUUUAUUGCAAUUAAUUCCCAUGCUGAUUUCACACACUGUGUGUUUAUGAAAUUAUAUAUUUUGUGAAAUCACAAAUGCAAAAGUUUGUUAUCUAAAUUGAUAAUACUAUUGUGAUGUUUCUUGUGUUCAUUAUCAAUAUGUCCUGAAUAUAUGCAUACAUAUAUAUUGUAUGCAUUUUAAUAUAUGUUUCACCAAAUUUAUCAAUGUUGAUGCUUUAAAAUUUAUAAAUAUUAUACUACAUUUUAACUCUGUCUUUUUAACUUUUUUUCUCACCAGUAAUGUUUAACAUUGAGAUGUGGAAAUGUAAAAAUUGAAACUGUUAUACAUGAUUGAUGUUAAGAACAACAAUUUUCACUUCAAAUUGUCAUGUCAUUAAUAUUUUUGUACAGUUUUGUUGUUUAAAAUGCAAAUUCAUGAACUUUGUUGGUCAUGUUAAUUUAGAAACUUUGUCAUUAGUAAAAAAGUGAUACAUAGGGUAAAUUGAUAAAACAUUUCACUGUUUUAUUAACAGAAUGUUAAUGUUAUAGAUAGUGUUCCCUUGCAAAUAUCAAAUAUGUUUAAUCACUUGUGUCUUAAAAUACAAAAUUAACACUUAAUAACAAAUUGUAAAAUUAUGUAUGUAAAUGCCGUUGUAUGUUUUAUGUGUAUGUUCAUGUAAUAUCAGUAUUGGUUUGUAUCCAGAGACCAUCAUGAUAAGUUAUUACUGUGUUCAUUGCAUGCUUAUUGCUAUAUUAUUGUUCUUUUGUAAAUAGAUCUUGUCUACAUGUGUAUUGUUGGUCUUUCUGACAAAUAUAUUAUAUACAAUUGCGCUACUUGUAGCUGUUAUCAUACAUUAUGUUAAAAUAGUCUUAUGCACUCACAUGCAAAUCUAUGAAUAAAAUAUUUGAGGAAAAAGCU